AUGGUAUUGAAAAAGAAUUAUGAACACCCAAUUAUAGAAAAAAUUUUUACUCUGAACAAAAUUGAGAAUUCACAAUAUUAUGACGAUAUAAUAAAUGAAAAAAACAAAUCCCCAAAAUUAAUAAAUAUAAAUAAUAUUAAAGAUGAUUUGUUAAAUCAAGAUCUGUCCUUGGAUAUAUGUCAAAAAAAAAAAGACUAUUACUUAAAUACAAAAGGCACAAAUAAUAUUCAAAAUUAUUUUUAUUUUUACGAUUAUCGUAAAUGUAUUUAUAAUAUUGAUGGAAAAAUAUACAUGGAAAAAAAUCCCAUUCAAAUAUCAAAUAAUAACAAAGAAAGAGAUUGCCGAUUGAACGAGCAUAUCCCCAUCCACAACUACAACACAUUCAUAUAUGCUUACAAUAUAUAG